AUGUCCACAUUCGGGAGCCUUUAUAAAGUUACAACCUACGGUGAAAGUCACUGCAAGUCCGUUGGGUGUAUAAUCGAUGGAAUUCCCCCUGGAUUGCCACUUGAGGAUGUUGAUAUUCAAGCGCAGCUGUCUAGACGCAGACCUGGCCAAUCAAACCUCACAACGCCUAGAAACGAAGCUGAUGCUGUUCAAUUGCAAUCUGGUAUUGAACAUGGCGUCACUCUAGGCACCCCAAUCGGUUUACUCGUUCAAAAUAAAGAUCAGCGCCCUCACGAUUACACUGAGACCGAUUUAUAUCCAAGACCUAGUCACGCGGAUUGGACUUAUCUUGGUAAAUAUGGGAUUAAAGCUAGCUCUGGUGGUGGCAGAUCCUCUGCUCGUGAAACUAUCGGUAGAGUCGCUGCAGGUGCUGUCGCUGAAAAAUACUUAAAAUUGGCACACAAUGUUGAAAUUGUAGCUUUCGUUAGCUCAGUUGGUAAAGAACACAUCCCUUUCAUUCCAACAGAUUCAGAUGAACCCAUCUCAAAAGAAUUCAGACACAUCUUGGAAAAUACCACUCGUGAAGAUGUUGACAAAGAUACUACUAGAUGCCCACACCCUGAAACAGCUAAAAGAAUGACUGAGCGUAUCAUCAAAGCAAAGGAAGCUAACGAUAGUAUUGGUGGUACUGUCACUUGUGUUAUCAGAAACUGUCCUGUCGGUUUGGGUGAACCUGUUUUCGAUAAGCUCGAAGCUAAGCUCGGACACGCUAUGCUCAGUAUACCUGCCACCAAGUCUUUUGAGAUUGGUUCCGGUUUUAGAGGCACUGAGGUUCCUGGUUCCGCACACAACGAUCCUUUUGUUAAAUCUAACAAGGGCUUGAACGGUCUUGGUACCGCCACUAACUGGUCUGGCGGUGUCCAAGGUGGAAUAUCCAACGGUGAAGACAUCUACUUCAAAAUGGGUUUCAAAUCACCAGCAACCAUUUCACAAGCCCAACAAACUGCAAAGUAUAACGGUGAGGCUGGUGUUUUAGAAGCUCGCGGUAGACAUGAUCCAUGUGUCGUCCCACGCGCUGUACCAAUCGUAGAAGCAAUGGCAUCUAUUGUCAUAAUGGAUCAAUUACUCAUUCAAAACUCGCGCAAAGCAACUGCUUCUCUCCUCCCACCAAUCUCCACACUCCCACCAACGAUGGUGUUGACUCAAGAUGCCAUGAAUACCAUCAAGAAGGAAGCCGACAACAACGCCAAGGAAGCAGGAAUGUAA